AUGUACCGUUUUUCAGCACGAUGUGCAGUGGCGACGUUAACUCAAUUAUUUCUAGCUUCACUGCUUCUCAUUGAAGCAACAGCAGCAGUUAGAAUAAUUAUUGGUGAGGUUUUUUCUUGGAUUAGAACAAGUUAUUCUACAAGCAGACACGGAUGGCGUGACGGAUGACAUCCGUGCGAUUUCACUCGCUCUGCAGAAUAAAAACACCGAGGUAACUUGUAAAGGAGACAGAAGGAUAAUGAACUGAGCAGGUGAUGGCAAUAACGACAGUUCGCGGAGGAGUCAACGCAAGUCAAUCCGCGGCAAACGUCGCUCGAACCCUUCGCGCCAAUAAAGUCUGAGAAAUAUUUAGUAAAAAAAAGUUAGAAGAUUUCUCAGAGAUAUGUUCCGAUCUACAAAGGGGCCGAGGACGCGUUGUUUCCUCGCGGACCUCUUCUAGAAGCAGAUCCGAUGUUUGGUUCCGAUGGCAUCGGCGACACACCCAAAACUGCGCCGGAAGUAGUUUCAGAUACCAUUGCUUGAUUCUAAAGAGAUUCUGAAGGCUCUACCGCGGGAUUGGCUGCAGCACGAGGCUGAGUCAGCAGCAGAAGCUCUCGUUCGCCUGACGGCAGAAUGUGAUGACGUCGUUCUCGUGUGCCUCGGCCCUCUGACCAACAUCGCUUUGGCUCUCCGACUAGACCCAAAUUUUGCUACAAGGCCGAAGAAAAUCGUGAUAAUGGGGGGAAACUACUACGGUAUCUCGCUCAUCUCUUCCUCCCGAAAGUACAACUUCAGGCGUCGGAAACACCUUGGCCAACUCUUCAGCCGAGUUCAACUUCUGGAACGAUCCGGAAGCCGCGCAGAUGGUUCUGACCGAGAUGCGAUCUCCCAUAGUCAUGGUUCCCUGGGAGGCGUUUUUCUUUGACGGUCCGAAGGUUGAACUAUCAUGGUUCCAAUUUCGACGCUUUUUUUGUAGUACAGCAAAAUAAUCGAUUUCACGAGACACUUAAAAUUUGACUCGCCGCUGUCAAAGUUUCUGUUCAACUGCACACAAAUAGGUUUCGAAACAAGAUGAUAGUUCAUAUCUUCUGAUUCCUGUAGUGAGAAAUCAUCUGGCGAAGACGUCGACGCCUUACUCGUUCAUGGACGACAUCGCGGUUGCCGUCGCCAUCGACCCUUCGAUCGCUCUCACGUCUUCCAGCUUCUAUGUCGACGUCGAAUUGGAGAAUUCUUACACAAGGUGAAAUUUUUGAGGAAAUCAAGAAGAAUAUAUGAUUUUCAGAGGUCAAGUCGUCGUCGACUGGCUCAACGUGAUUUAUAACGAGACGACACAAGGGUUUAACGCGAUUCCCGGCCUCAAAACGGUUCUUUUUCAUGGGUUUUUGGGGAUCAAAAAAAGUUUUUCAAUGAUAAAAAAGAAGCUAUUUGCUUUUUUCCUGAUCAUAAAACUUCUUUCUUCACCAAAUGAAGUUUUGAAAGUCUCAAUCUGCACAACUUCCGGUUUUUCGAGAAACGCCCCUUCAAAGUGCCUCGAAAUCCGUGAAAACAUGCCAUUUUGUGGUUCUUUCUCGAAAACUAGGAAUUCGUGCAAUUUUUCCAGAAUCUUUUCACACGGCGUAUUUUCGACGACGCCACGCCCACUUUUUCUCCGUAAAGUGUCGUGUGUCGUGUGCAUGCACUGCGCCGCUUUCGCGCAGAAAUUUGCGUUUGUGUACAGAAAUCCGUGUUUUUAAUUUCGCAUUUUCUUAUACUAACAAAAACGCCGUGGAGACUGUUCUGGCCAAAAUUAAGGAAAUCAAAAGUAAAAUGACCUUCCACCUAGUAAGGCAAAAACAUCUUCCGCGUUUUUUUUGGCUUUGCAAGAAACGCCAGGCAAAAUUAUGAAUUCAACUCAAAAAAAUUUCGUGUUAGAAUAAAGUGCCCGAAAUUAAGCUCUGUUGAAGGGACCCAAGAACCUUUGAAACCAAUCAUUAAAUUAAGGGGUGGCCGAUGCACUCCUUCGUAACCUCAUAUAACGUCCGUCGCGUCAACGACAUCAUUUGCGAGGAAUUUUCCAAGGGUGGUAGAUAA